UUUCUAAGCAAACAGCUGGAGGUAGGGCUUUCUCCUAUAGAGCUCCAUUUUUAUGGAAUGUUCUGCCUAUCCAUGUGAGAGGAUAGGUCCAAGUCUGUCUUUAUUGAAGACUCAUCUCUUCAGUAGGUCCUAUGAUUGAGUGUAGUUUGGCCCAGGAGUGUAAAGGUGAACGAAAUGCUUCAGUCUGGUUUUAGACCCCAUCAUAGCACUGAGACGGCACUUGUGAAGGUGGUAAAUGACAUUUUAAUGGCAUCGGACCGAGGCUCUGCAUCUGUCCUCGUGCUCCUAGACCUUAGUGCUGCUUUUGAUACCAUCGAUCAGCACGUUCUUUUGGAGAGAUUGGAAACCCAAAUUGGUCUACAAGGACAAGUUCUGGCCUGGUUUAGAUCUUAUCUGUCGGAAAGAUAUCAGUUUGUCUCUGUGAAUGGUUUGUCCUCUGACAAAUCAACUGUAAAUUUCGGUGUUCCUCAAGGUUCCGUUUUAGGACCACUACUGUUUUCACUAUAUAUUUUACCUCUUGGGGAUGUUAUUUGAAAACAUAAUGUUAACUUUCACUGCUAUGCGGAAGACACACAGCUGUACAUUUCAAUGAAACAUGGUGAAGCCCCAAAAUUGCCCUCGCUAGAAGCAUGUGUUUCAGACAUAAGGAAGUGGAUGGCUGCAAACUUUCUACUUUUAAACUCGGACAAAACAGAGAUGCUUGUUCUAGGUCCCAAGAAACAAAGAGAUCUUCUGUUGAAUCUGACAAUUAAUCUUAAUGGUUGUACAGUCAUCUCAACUAAAACUGUGAAGGACCUCGGCGUUACUCUGGACCCUGAUCUCUCUUUUGAAGAACAUUGUCACGUUCUGACCUUUAUUUCCUGUGUUUUGUAUUUAGUUAGUAUGGUCAGGGCGUGAGUUGGGUGGGCAGUCUAUGUUUGUUUUUCUAGGUUUUGGGAAUUUCUAUCUUUCGGCCUAGUAUGGUUCUCAAUCAGAGGCAGGUGUCAUUGGUUGUCUCUGAUUGAGAAUCAUACUUAGGUAGCCUGGGUUUCACUGUGUGUUUGUGGGUGAUUGUUCCUGUCUCUGUCUUUGCACCAGAUAGGACUGUUUUGAGUUUUCACAUUUCUUGUUUUUUGUUAGUUUGUUCAUGUGAAGUGAUUUAUUAAAGCAUGAAUCAAAACAACCACGCUGCGCUUUGGUCCGCCUCUCGUUCAGAUGAAGAAAACCAUUACAGAAUCACCCACCCAACACGGACCAAGCGGCGUGGUAAACAGCAGCGACGACAGCAGCAGCAGCAGCAACAACAGCGGCCAGCAUCACAGGAGGAAUGGACAUGGGAGGAUGUAUUGGACGGCAAGGGUUGCUACACCUGGGAGGAGAUCCUGGCGGGAAAGGAUCGCCUUCCAUGGGAACAGGUGGAGGCAGCUAGGAGAGCAGAGGCAGCCGGAGAGAGGAGCUGGCAAUGUGAGGAGGCAGCACGGCAGCGCGACAGGUACGAGGGGCAGCCCCAAAAUUUUUUUGGGGGGGGGGGCACACGAGGUGUGGUACUAAGCCAGGUAGCAGACCUGAGCUCACGCCUCGUGCUUAUGAUAAGCAGCGCAUUACUGGUCAGGCACCGUGUUAUGCGGUUAAGCGCACGGUGUCGCCAGUGCGUGCCCAUAGCCCGGUGCGCGAUAGGGCAGCCCCCCGAAAGUGCCAUGCGAGUGUGGGCAUUGAGCCAGGGCGUAUGGUGCCUGCUCAGCGGGUCUGGUCGCCAGUACGCAGUUUUGGUCCAGGUUAUCCUGCGCCGGCUCUGCGUGCUGUGUCUCCGGGGCGCUGGGAGGGUGCAGUGCGUCCUCUGCCUGCGCUCCGCUCGUGCCGGGCAAAUGUGGGAGUGGAGCCUAAGGGAGAGGUGCGUGUAGUAAGCACUAGAUCUCCCAUGCUUACCCACAGCCCGGUUAAACCUGUGCCUGCACUCUGGAGGGUCCGGGCUAGAGUAGUUGUCCAGCCUGGGGAAGUGGUGCCAAGGUUGCGCACCAGAGCUCCAGUGCUCCCCCACAGCCCGGUCUUUCAGGCUCCUCCUAACACCAAGCCUCCUGAAGGUCUCCCCAGCCUGGUGGUUCCUGUGGCAGCCCCACGCACCAGGCUGUCUCUCUGUCUCCUCCCUGCAGGUGCUCCCGCCUGUCCGGCGCCGCUGCCGGAGCGUCCCGCCUGUCCGGCGCCGCUGCCGGAGCCUCCCGCCUGUCCGGCGCCGCUGCCGGAGCCUCCCGCCUGUCCAGCGCCGCUGCCGGAGCGUCCCGCCUGUCUAGAGGCGCCAGAGCCCCUCAGCCCAGAGGCGCCAGAGCCCCUCAGCCCAGAGGUGCCAGAGCCCCUCAGCCCAGAGGCGCCAGAGCCCCUCAGCCCAGAGGCGCCAGAGCCCCUGUCCCUCUGUCCCGGGCCCCUCUGUCCAGUGGGGUCAUUGAGAGGGGUUGCCAUGGUGAGAAAGCCAUGGAGGCGGACAAUAAGGCGGACUAAGACAAUGGUAAAGUGGGGUCCGCGUCCCGCGCCAGAACCGCCACCGCGGACAGACGCCCACCCAGACCCUCCCCUAUAGGUCAAGGUUUUGCGGCCGGAGUCCGCACC